AUGUGCAGCUUUCUGGUGACAUCUUGGCUUCUAUCGAAUCUUACGGUGGUGAACUAUUUCUUACUUCCUAGAGGACCGGACGGAACACAGACUCUCCGAAAGGGUCCAUUUGUGUUCGUGCACAAUCUCCUUCACAUGACGGGCGAACGCGUGUGGCAGCCGUUCGAGAAGGGGAAGGUGGUAGCUGUAUAUAACGGCGAGAUCUACAACGCACGGCAGGUUCCGCAGGGUUUUGAGGAUCGACAUCUGUAUCGGUCAGACGGCGAGUGCUUGCUACCAGCAUAUUUGCAUCUGGGACCUCGUUUUCCUCAAACCUUGGAUGGCGAGUUUGCUCUUGUGGUUGUGGAUCUGGACAGCCAAGCCCUCGACUCAGUGGCGGAGAUGAAAGCACGAGUGUGCUCGUGUUUUCUCCUUCAGGAUGUGGGCUUUCCCAGUCUCCGUAAUCUGCAAUUUGGCUUUGAACCGGCAAAGGCUCUACAGGUGCUUGUUUUCAAGCGUCAAGCACGAAGACCGCAAACGUUCCAACAAGGGACCACGCCUGCCUCGCUGCGCAACAGCUCUUUUGGCCAUGGGCGGUCACUCGGCAGCUGCGUUCCAAGAACAGUGUCCAUCAUGAAGAUCCCUAGACGCAUGAAGAUCUUCUUCUCAGUCUCAGUAUCACCAAUACCAUCAUGUGACGGAUGGGUGCUGUGCAGACGCUGCCGUUUAGCGCUGCUGCGGGCCAGCUCUUUCGAAAUGAGCCGACCAAUGCUGUUUGCACGAGGGCGGUUGAGAUGCCCCGGGGGCGAAAAAGCUUCCUAUUGCUCUCAGCUCGGAAGCUCUGCUCCGUUCGCAUAUGAGAAGAGGGAAGGCUUUGCCUAA